CUGAUUUUAUUAAACUUUUUUCAAAAGGAAAUACACAUGGUCAGGGCGCCGGUGGUUGGGUCGUCACUGCCCUUGGUCGUGGGGUCGUUUUUGACAUCAAGGCCGCAGCACUCAGGAUGAACGUAAUUCAGAUUGUUCGUGACCACUGGGUACAUAUACUUGUGCAUGGGUUUGUCCUUGGAUGUUAUCUAGACAGAAAGAAUGAUGAAAAGCUGACUGCCUUCCGGAACAAAAGUUUGUUGUUUAAAAGGGAAUUGAGACCCAAUGAAGAAGUCACCUGGAAGUAA